GUCUAUUUUCUGGCAUCACGAAAACGAUACGGGACGAUUCAUAGACCACAAUAACCUUUCAUAGACGAAAUAAUCAUGACAUUAGCCAAUAAGUGCGCAUCUAAGCCGUUGUUGGAGAUUGCUUGCUUCAACAUGGAGUCGGCCGUAAUUGCUGCCCAAGCGGGUGCCGAUCGAAUCGAGCUAUGUCGGGACUAUGCAUCGGGCGGUUUGUCUCCAUACCCUGAGGCUCUGGCCACAUUAAAAUGCAAACUCUCUAUCCCGGUCUACGUGAUGAUCAGGCCGCAUGCGGAGAGCUUCUAUUAUAGCGAUGCAGAUUUCAAAGCCAUGAAGUGUACAAUCUCCAUGCUCGAUGAGCGAGGGGCAGAUGGCUACGUGUUCGGGAUUCUGAAUUCUGCAAUACAGGAAGGAUCAGGGGAAGCUACCCCAGUAAUUGAUGUCGCGAGAAACAAAGAAUUGGUUAAGCUGGCAAAAGGCAAGCCGUGCACCUUCCAUCGCGCGUUCGACCUGAUUCCAGAGUCGCAGUGGGAUGCGACACUGAAGGAUAUCGUGGAAUGCGGGUUUACUUCGAUCUUGACCAGUGGAGGGCCAUCGGGUAGUACUGCGAUUGAAUGCGUUGAUCAGUUGGAAAGCCUGGUACACGCCCGGCUUGAGCGACUAGAGGCACGCGUGAAAAGUGACGAUCGAUUGCCUCAGAUCAUUGUGGGCGGAGGCGUUAGAGCGGCCAACCUUGGAAUACUGCAAGAGAGAAUACGCGCUCCCGCAUUCCAUUCUGCAGCCCUUGCUCUAUCAUCGGCGGAAACGGUCAGUCAUGAUGAAGUAGAAGCGUUAAGGGCUGUCCUUGACAAGGCAAAAUGAAGAUUUGAUUCCCAGCCCGUAUAUGUACAUAACAACCGUGAUG